AAGAUCCCACUCAAAGCCAAGCUACAGAGUCCUAUGGUACUUUAAAGUACGCUUCUUCAAGAAUUGACUUCACUUACUGUUUUAUAGAACACGAAUUUACCCCACUGAGUAAUUGGUCUGUUUUUUUUAAAGAUGUUGUAUAUCCCCCGACAAACCCCUCGAGACAGAGCUUGACUAUUUACUACAUCUGCCUGAAUAUACAAAUUAUUCAGGCAGUUACUAGGUUCAAAAACUGUUUAUUUUAGGUUAAAGCUGUUUGUUAUGUCAUCAAAGAGAGUGAACCAAAAUAACAGGUUAUGUUAUCCACUGGGCUUAAAUGCUAGAUUAACUCCCAAAGAAUUCCCUCAAAAAAUUGAAAUGGUGCGUUUAAAAAACCGCUACAUAGUUCUCGAGGUUAAAUCCGAAUUCCUGCAAGUACUAAGCCAGUACGACCUGCACCAAACGAUUCUGACCCACAUAAAAAACUUCCAUGGGGAUUUUGGUGAGGCGGCCACCCGAGCAGGUUUCUCUGCCAAGUACACGAACCCGAUAACAAAAAUUGCGGUAAUCAAAUGCAGAUUUGGGCCCCACAAUUUGGUCACCAGUGUGUUACCAUUUGUGCGUCUCAUUAAGACCCAUCCGGUGAGCCUGAGUAUACUUUAUAUCGGGGCCACCAUGAAAAACUGUUUUAAUUUCAUUAAGACUUACCAAGAGAGGUUGUGCGAUGAGUUGUGUAUUAAGAUUAAAAGUGAGGAGGAGAGGCGAGAGAUUAUAAAUAGUCUGAGUAAUUUUAAGAGUGUUUUGGAUGCCCUUAAGUGAUAUAUAAAUAUAAGUGUGUUUUUGGUA